UCUACAGGUAUCAAUAUAGGAUUAAAAAUUCAGGCACGCAUUUUUAUCAUGCUCACAUAUCAGUACAUAUGAUUGAUGGACAGUAUGGAUCUCUCAUUGUACGCGAUCCACCAAGUGCAAAUCCUCAUUACAAUUUAUACGAUGAAGAUCUUCCAGAACACGUAAUUGUUAUCAGUGAUUGGAUGCAUGAGUUAUCAUUGGAACGUUAUCCUGGUCGAUAUAGGAAUAAUCGUGGGCAAGAUCCAGAUAACUAUUUAAUAAACGGUAGAGGUAAUUGGACGGAUCCUGCAACUGGAGUAAGUACAAACGUCCCACUUUCAAUGUUUAUAGUUAAAAGUGGGAAAAGAUAUAGAUUUCGUAUGAUUGACGCAUCUAGUACAGUUUGCUUUAUUGAGGUAACAAUCGAGAAGCAUUCCAUGGAAAUAAUUGCCACGGAUGGUGAAAACGUGGAACCAGUUGUGGUAGAUGUAAUUACUAUGGCUUCAGGUGAACGUGUUGAUUUCGUUUUACACGCAAACCAAACUCCUGGUUAUUAUUGGCUACAUGUACGUGGGCUUGGCGAAUGUGAGGAAAGUAGUAUAUAUCAAUUAGCAAUCCUUGCCUAUCAGAACAGUUCCGAAUUAUCAAUGUCACCUAAUCCGGGAUAUUCUGGUUUCUCUGGAAGAGUUUUUAAUCCAUCAAAUUCAACGGAUUGUGGAUAUGACGUUUGUGUGACUCAGUUACAGAAAAUCUACCUUCCAGGCGAAAAUGAAGUACCGUUGCGUCGAAAAGCAAAUACCUUUCUUCUAAUGUCUUUUGAUUUUUUUGACUAUAAUGCACAAUUGAGUUUAUUAUUUAAUACACAAAAUCAGGAUUAUAAAAGAUUUUUUGUUUCUCCAACCGGAAGUUAUCUAGAUAGCUUAAUGAGCAAUAUUUCAUAUCAAGAUCCACCAGGACCUCUUAUCUCACAAAAUGAUGGAUACGAAUUUAUGUGUGGAGAUCGUUAUACACCAUCUACGUGUACGGAACCUUGCAGUUGUGCUCACGUUUAUAAUCUGCAAAAGAACGCAAUUGUGGAUAUAAUGGUAUAUGAUAAAGAACCUGGGCCAAAUUUGAACCAUCCAUUUCACUUACAUGGUUAUAGUUUUUGUGUAUUGGAAGCUGGUCAAUUUGUUAACGCAAGUAAUAAGGAUGAUAUAUCGAGUAAUGAUGUACUCCAAGUGAUACAAGUUUACGAACAACACUUGCAAAAUGGCGAUUAUAAAGCUUGUGCUCCAAAAGAUACAAUGAUUGUACCAAAUACUGGCUUUAUCAUCAUUCGCUUUAUAGCAGACAAUCCAGGAUGGUGGUUUUUUCAUUGCCAUUUUUUGUGGCAUACUGCAACGGGAAUGAAUGUCGUUUUGCAUGUUGGUAAACCAACUGAUCUUCCAUCGAUACCACUAGAUUUUCCUGAAUGCUACAAUUGGACUCCACCUAAUUAAAUAAUUUUCAUUAAUAACAUAAAUUGUUAUUUUCUUAAAUAAAAGGUUGAUUCUAAAUUUUUAUAUGUG